UCGUGCUGAGAGAAUCUAGUUUGUGUAGUAGAGUGCGUGAUACGCGAUUGCAAUUUUUAUUUUCCCAAAGGCGAAUAGUGAAUACUUUUCCCAAUUUAGGUGUUUGUGGGAGUUUAUAAAGCCCACGUCUAGAUACUGUGGUUAUUACUAGAUAAAAGUUAUCGAACAUUUACAAUGCACGUCUAAAUAAGCGCUCAACCGAUGCGUAUGCUCGAAGCGAGCACCCUUUUUAAAUGAUUUAUCGCGUCGCGGAGUGAAAAAGAACGAAAUUUGCCGAAAGAAUGAAAUCUAGUCUUUGUUUUACCUACUGCACUCUUCUGAUUGUCUCGUUUGUUUCCAGCGGCCUGUUGUUUAUUCUCGUGGCAUCGGAAGCGUCGAAACCACUGAGUCAGCACAAGGAGCAGCAUUUACCGUCGGUUCAUCGCGAGCAUGAACCUCCGGAGGAAUCGACGGAGGGGAUCACCACUAAUAAGCCACUUUCGGAAGCGAAUCUUCCGAGGUCACGCGAACGAAGUUCACAGGUUGCGAGUGAGUUCGAUGGGAUAUUCAGAAGUGAUGAUGAUGAAUCGGUUGUGCGACAUGUGAAGUCGAAGCAUGGGGUGGGGAGAGUGAGUCGCAGGAAAAGCUCUUGGAAGAAGGAUGUGUUUGUUGAGAGGCCAGUGCGGUUGGAAUCGCCACCGGAUUUGAACGAGGCUAUUUUCUGCAGGCGGUUUCUACCAACGCGGCAUCACAAACAACGGAUGUACAUGGUAAAUGUAUAUCUACUGCUGUUUAUCGUCAUCGAAUGGUACCUAUCGAUGAGACUGUUCGACGCACUGCACGAGCGGGCCAAGAAGAUGAAGAAGUUGUCCGUUCUGCUGACGUUCUGUUGGGUUCUGCUGGUGUCCCAAAUAUUGGCCAUUUCCAGUCUCUACAACGACGGAUUGCAGGAUAUUCCUGGCACCCCGUCGGUUAUCACGCUGAUGGAACAUCAGAGCAGCGAGCUCAAUAUAGAGUCCAAAUUCGAGGAGAAUAUUGAGGCUACACUGAAGAACAUUAGCCUUCCACUGGCUGAUGAUCCCAUCUCGACAGAAGAACCCGAGCCACAGGAAGCUCAUGACAUUCCACAGCAAAAAAUAUCUAAGGAUGCACCAUCGGUGGUGAUGGAUUCUCGCGUAGCGUCACCGGUGGAAGCGAAACCAGCUGUUCCGCCGGAGGACAAAAUCAACGAUUCGGGUGGGGGUGGCGGCGAGUCACCCAAGCAGGAGGUGGUAGAUGCAGUGCCGCCGGAACGGGAGGAUGGUAAAAACAUGACAGGAGAAACACCAUCAAGCUCCGAUGGUAAUUUGACGGAAGAGAAUCCGAUGCCUGUGUUUUCAGAAUGGGCUCAGAAACAAAUGGCGGAAGCGGAGAAGAAGCACGGCGAGAAUGUGAAUGCAUCCGCGAUGAAGCGCAAUUCUAAGCCUGCGGGUGGUAAGAUGCCACCGUUGAAGUUGCGAGCAAAAAACUACGCCUCCCCGGAUUGUGGGGCGAAAAUAAUCGCCUCCAAUCCGGAGGCACAGAGUACAGGUUCAGUGCUGACAUCGCACAAGGACGAGUAUCUCCUGAACCCCUGCACAAGCAAAAUCUGGUUCGUGGUGGAGCUAUGCGAGCCCAUUCAAGCGGAACGUGUUGAGUUGGCCAAUUUCGAACUGUUCUCUUCAUCGCCGAAGGAAUUUUCCAUCUCGAUUAGCAAUCGAUUUCCAACGAGAGAAUGGUCUAAUGUUGGCCAGUUUACGGCGGACGACGAACGGACCGUGCAAAGCUUCAAACUGCAUCCGCAUUUGUUCGGGAAGUUUGUGCGUGUUGAGGUUCUUUCGCACUACAACUCGGAACAUUUCUGUCCGGUUUCGCUGUUUCACGUUUAUGGCACGUCUGAGUUUGAAGCCUUUGAAACCGAUAAUACCCCUCUGGGAGAUGAUGGGGACGACGAUGACGAGCUGACGAUUCUAGAUAUUGAUAUGGGCAAGGAGAAUUCAGUGGCCGGCAAAAAUCAUGAUCAGAAGGUUGACCCAAAAGAAGGAGGAGCACAGAUUGUGAAAAAUCCAAAUAAUAUUCUCAAAUCCGCCGGUGAAGCUGUGAUGAAUAUUGUCAAGAAAGCAGCCGAAGUGUUGGUAAAAACAAACGAGAAGAACGGCUUGGGGAAUGGAACAACUGAGACCGCUAUCGGCGACGAUGCCCACCAGGAUGUAUCCAACGAAAAUAAACUAGACCUAAUUAUUGAUAGUGACAAAACCAGUAGCAUCGAUGUUACUUUAUGUCCGCCGUCUCGAUGUUCUUUGUACUGCUUUACGCUGGCCUAUCGGCCACUUUGUGUUAAUUGCCCUCAAGAGCUCCGGGAGCGUCUGGAGCGGACGAUGAAUUGCAAACACAAUCUACUAACUAGUCUGCUAAGAAGCGUACCAAUCGGUGCGUCGUUUAACGAAUCUCAGCAUUUGCUAUGUGCCAAUAUUUUAGGAACUAACCUAACUGAACGGAGGGAGGAAAUGGACUUGAAGUUUGGGAGAAGUAUAAUGAGUUGGCUGCCCGACGAAUUCCUGGCAGGAUUUUGUAACAUGAGGGCAUACGAUGAAGGUUUGAUUAAGGCUAUGACACACGGGGAGAGAGAAUCUAGUGAAGCAUCGGUGGAUAAACCUAACCCCCAAAUAACGGCUUCAACUGAUACUACUACUACAGACCAUCAAGGUGAAGCUACUGAAAACGAAGGCACCAAUCCAGCAGCUCACCCAUCUUCUUCGGCUGAGGAAGAUGACCGAAGCAAACCAGCAGUUGUACCUCAGGAGGACAUCAAUAUAUUUAAUGUUCAAGAGGAAGUCUCGACACCCACUUCUAUCGAACAAUUCGAGGAAAGUGGUUCAGUUUCUCCCGCGCCUCCGACUGAUGUGAGCAAGGAAAACAAAGAUGAAACACACGAAAAUGUUCCCGAAGGAACGUUGUCUCCCAGCCUUGAAGAAAUCGAUAAACUGCUCCUGGAACAACAAUUGGAUGGUUUGGGUGGAGGCGGAAAUCCUCCGGUAGCGACGAGUACAACGGGUAGCAUGGCAUCAUCGUCAUCGCCCGGACCGAACCAGAAGGUUCAACCUGAGAGCGUAUUUCUGCGGUUGUCCAAUCGAAUCAAGGCCCUGGAGCGAAACAUGAGUCUGUCGGGACAGUAUCUGGAGGAGUUGAGUCGUCGCUAUCGCAAGCAGGUCGAGGAGUUGCAGAAUUCCUACUCAAAAACACUGCACGAUAUGGAGGAACAGAAUCGUCGCAUUCUCGACAGUGAAGCGAUGCUGCGGGACGAGAACGAUCGCUUGCGGAAGGAGUUUGUAGUGUUCCGCGAAAGUAUACUGAGCUGGAGAAAUGUAAUCAUCAUUCUUGGGGGGCUCCUAUUUGGGCAGACCGUGUUGAUAUGUGCUAUCGUGAGGGGUUGCAAAGCAAGUGCACCAGAAGUAGAAACUGACAACACUAUUCACAACGAACUUGAGAAGGUUGAAAGUGUGAAGCCGGCGAAGGGAAUGUGGCUGAGGAGAAAGUCAGUUGAUGGGAUUAUUGGAGAAAUGCAAGCUUCGGGAAAGUUGAAGAAAAGACGUCCGAGUGAAGAAGCUUUGAAUAUCAGCGGUACGUAUAUGAAUCUGCUUAUCGAAGAGGAUCGAAGUGGUAACGAGGGCGUUAAGGUGGAGCGAAAGCGAACCAAACACAAGCAUAGGAAGAUUUCUGCCCCAGCCAUGAUGCAGCACCAUGCAGAAGAAAAAGUCAAACGAACUGUUUCAGUCGAACCUCCGGCAUCCGUUAAAGUUGUAAAGGUAGAUCUUGUAAGAACCGAAUCGGCUCCGGAGCCAAAGAGACAAAUAUCGGAAGCACCUCAGGAAGAGAACAAUCGCAUUGACGAACUUCCUCUUCUGGAGGAUAAUGAUGAGUUCAUCAUUCCAGCCGCUUCGGAUUUGUCAUACAAUGAAUUCAUCCCCGAUGUCACGUCUGAAAACAACAGAACCAAUGGGACGGUUUCCUCGUCCUCCUCGGUUGAUUCCAAAUCAACAAACCGGUCCGGCAAAGGGAGACGUCUUUCCUCGCCGGCUUUCUUUAAGAAUUCUAUCAUGAGGGCAAGUAUGAGCCGAAAGUCCUCCGGCAAGAAAUCCACAGCAAGCCAAAAUGUAAGCAGUGCCAGUAGCAACACCAGUAGUAGUAGCAGUAGUGGCAACAAUAAUGUUAGUACUAGCAUUAAUGUUCACAGCACUAGUGCCGUGGGGAACCACUCGGAAGAGGGACCCCCGUUGUUGGCUACAAUCGAUAACAAUAGUAGUACACCGAGCAUCACUAAUAACGGUUGGGAUGGCUGGCGUGUUUUCAAGAAGUCCUCUAGUCAAGACAAGUUCAACAAACGUAAAUCGAAAUCCGAAAGUCCGGACGUGGAAAUUGUAGUUCGCAACGGUUCCGUCAAUGGGUCCCUGUCGGACCACGUACCGCUCGACGUGAAGCCGAAACGGGGUGAUCACAAGGGCGAGUUGAAAUCGUCCGUUUCAUUCAACGGGAGCACCACUUCGAGCGAGAAAAAACUCGGUGGCAGCGGGGGUAGUUUUCGGCGAUUGUUUCGAAAGGUAUUCUAGUUUUGCUGCUGUUGCGCCUUCGGUGUUGGCUCAACCGUGGAUAAGAAGUGUUCAUGAUGUAUGAGGGACAUCGCCACCAAAAUCGACAGCGAAAGAGAGAGAGAGACGAACGAUGAUAGAGGCGCGAUACGAUAGUGGUUCCUUACGACACAUUAGACUGACCGGUAGUGGCGAGGCAAGAUUUAUGUAAUAUUAUAUUAGGAAGAGCUUUAAAGGCGUGUGUGAGUAGAGGAGAAUGCGCGCUCGAUGUGUGUUGUAAAGUGUGCAUGUUUUAUUAUAAACUAUAUAACAGUAACAAAAAUAUGUUGAACCGCAAAGAAAUUGUGAAAUUUGUACGAAUCGGAAUGUAAUCUAUUUUAAAUUAAUCAACAAAACUGAGUAUCUCUAUGUUGGACGUUUUUGUCGUGCGUCAUUCUCGCUGUGCUGGGGAUGCUCUAAUUCUUAUGUUCGAGUUGUUAAAAGGAAUAAGCUCACGUAUCGCAAGCGGGUCGAGGUUUUAGAUUGAAUUUUGAUUUGAACUAGACGUCUUAACUAAUCUUGAUGCUAUCCUUCCUACUUAAUUGGGUAGGAAUCAAAGUAGGAAAGGUCAAAAGCUUGACGCGUAGUCUCGCGUAGUUGUGGUAUUCACUAGUUUGGGCCCGUAGAAACACUUCGAAGCGCUUGUUUCAGGGGUGGCUGUGGGUGACGCGGUCAGUGAUUUCCGGAGGAUUGGCCCAAGUUUCUUGUAGAACUCUAUUUAGAAAAUAGCCUUCUAAAAUUUUGCAUGGUUUCCCAGAUCAUGUUGUUGGAAGCGUUCUUAACGUUGAUCGUUACCGCAGCGCAAAAUCAAUCUCCCCGCAUUUAAUUGAACGAUUUUUCGUCUUAUGCUUCGCUAUCCGGAUAGUAUUCACCGCAAAACCUUCCUUUACAAAACCAUUACUGCUUUUGAGAUAAACCAUGUUCACACGACAUUUGAUACCGAUGCCCGCGACGAUAUAAACGGAACGGUACAAGAAGAUGUCGCCGAAAACUACGCGUAUUCGCUCGAAGCUGCGCUGCCGAAGGGGAAGGACUUACCCCAUACCAUACCAAGUGUUCGAAGAAUCGAACAACUUCGAUAAUCCAUUGAGGGAUUUCAUGGUUAACAAAUAACAACAUCUAAUAAGAACGAAAAUACACUCGACAAAAAAUUAGAUGAACAGAGUGCGAAGUCGGUUCCAAGAACGUUCAUGUAGGAUCUUCCCACACAGAGAUAUUCCAGUUUGAAUGAAAAAUUACCCCUUCGUCUUUGAUGAUAAAUAAUUCAAUAUACAACCAUCGCACCGCAAAUCAGAAGGCAGUUUUGAAAAUUUCAAUGAAUUCUGCACAAGGAUAAUUGGUUACUUUGACGAAGGAAAAAUUAUUUAAUUUUUUUGCAUCGAUUUCAACAAAGUGCCAAAAAUAGGAUUUUUAUUUAGCUUUACAAAAUCUAUUGUAAUUCUGCAAAUAUCGCAGUAAGUUCGAAUGUUGUCAGGCAAAUUUUCAGCCUAGUGUAUUCCAUAAACAUCCGUGAACGUUUCAUAUUGAAACGUUCAGCCGGUUUUUCAAAGUUUGGAGUAAUUUAGAUGAGCAUUUAAUCGCAAAUCGUAUUAGAAGUGCAAAAUCCUACGCGACUCUCCGAAUGACGAUUCGUAACUUUCGUCUUUAUGAGUUUGUGGGUGAAGAGUGCGUGUAUGUGUGGAAAUGCGUAUGAAUAUGUGUAAGUAUCAUUACUGCUUACAAUAUUUGUACCUACAAACGCCUACAAACAUGCGAUUUUUCAUUUGUUCCCGAUAUUAUUGCCCACUACAUCUACAUACAUAAAGAUAAAAAUAUAUACGUAAAAUAUUCUUAUACCUGAAAGUUGUGAAUGAAGCGAAUCCCAUCGAUAGGCGUUGAUUUUUCAAGAAGUUACAGCAUGUCAAAAAUCACUUAAAAUUUCCGACUUUGCACUCUGUUCCGUUGUCGAGUGUAUUUUAACUUUUAUAAAGUAUUACUUUCAUCAAAGAACACAUAUUGACUAUUGAUAUUGACAUAUUGAAAAACCAUUCGAUUUAACCUCCAACAGAAAAAAAAUGCAGCUUUUGGCAAAUUUUCGAUUUCUAGACUUUUUGAUUUGUCGUCAUUUCCCCGAAAAUUGAAGAUUGGAAAAGAACACUCUUGAGCAUUUCAGUUUCUUUAACUCAAGCGGAGACAACAAAUCCAACUCUUCCGGAAAAAAGCGCCGCCAGGAAGAGGAGAACUUCCGGAAACCCAAUGCAUCCCGGAAAAGUUUCGUGCCACGAGCAGAAAUGCGUCGGAAUAAGGAAGAGAGUGAAGUUAAGAACGCCAUCAAAUAGCUUAGGAACAACAAAUCAAUUGGGAAAGAUGACAUCGUAGCGGAUUUUAUCGAGAUAGAUGCGGAAAAAAAUUAUUAAUUGUUUGCAUCGACUGAUAGUUAGAAAUCAAGAAACGGAACAACUACCGGAGACUCCUCCGAUGGGAUUAUUUGCCCUAUCUUCAAGAAAUGCGACCAACUAGACUGUGAAAACUUUCGUGCAAUCACCGUCCAGAAUGCCGCUUACAAAAUGCUUGCCCAAAUUAUCUUCUAACUUGUAUCGCAACUAACGAACAGAUUCAUGGAAAGUAAUAAGGCCAGCGUCAUCGAAGUUUAGUCUACUGACCGAGUUUUCACCUUGCAACAGAUGCGACAGAAAUGCCGUGAGUGAGCGACUUUCUACGCAUCCUCUUCGUAUCGCCUUAAAAGUCGUAUAUGAUUCAAUAACACGAGAAGAGCUAUGGAGAACCAUGAACGCGAAUGGUUUCCCCGUGAAGCUGACAAGACUGAUUAAGGCUACGAUAGAUGGAAUAUGUCUGAAUUUAAAACCAAAUACAUGCUGGUUUCCAGAUCCUGAUGUUGAUGUUUCCUGUUGAGUUCGAGAUAGUAAACUAAUUUGUCUUCCAUGGCACGAUGGAAACGUCUCGCAAUGGAGGCGAUCUGGCGUAGUGGUAACAUCCAUGCCUCUCACGCUAAAGGUCACGAGUUCAAUUCUCACUCCCGACAUUCUUCCAAAAUCCAAAAAUGGAAGUAAAAAGUGACGAACCAGCCAAAUGAGUUGAAAAUCACUAUAAUACAGAUAAUAAUAAAAAAAAAAAAAAACGUCUCGCAAUGAUACCAGCCUCGAGAUCCGGAGACGUAUUAUCGAUGGGAAUCGUGCCUACUAUGGUCUCCACAAACAGUUGAUAUCAAACAGAAUUAGCAAUCGUGCGAUAUGUUUCCUGCGCAAACCGUUCAUGAGAUCGGUUGUCCUAUACGGCACGAGGACAUGUGAGCACUCGGAGUCUUCGAACGACGCGUGUUAAGAACCAUCUUAGGCAGUGUACAAGUGGACGACGUAUCGAAGCAAAUGAUGAAUCAUCAAUUCACGCAACCCGCCGGCGAACCAAGUAUCCAAGUGAUCAAAAUUGAAGGGAUAUGCUUGACAUGAUAUGUUGCUAGAAUGCCGGACAACUAUCCUGCAUAAAUAGUAUUCAAUGGAAAUCCGUCUGGUACGAGACGACGAGGAGCGCAGCGAGCAAGGUGGUUUGAUGGGUUUGAUCAAGUGGAGCAGGCUCUGCAGAGCACAGGGUGCCCCUGAAAUUGUAGGGAUAGUCACGAUCCGUACCAAUUGGAGAAAUAUCGUGAAACUGGUCAUAUUGUAAAGACGAUAAGUCAAAAUAAGUUAAAAAUGGGAGGGAUGAGACUCGCUCGAAUCUGCUGGGAAAAAAUAAAAUAAAUUGAAGUUUGCUGUUUAUCGGUUUAUCGGAAGACGAGAGCAACAUAAAACCGACACGAAACAACGUUAUUGCACGAGAGUAAGUCAACCACUCACUUCGGUCAAUACGAUAGAGAACUCAAAAUCCCAUGUCGAAUGUCAUAAGAUCUCAAUUAUUCGUAAGUUGUAGAGAGUCCGAACAAUUUCUAAUCAUCUGCUGUAUCGAAUGAGAAUAAUCGUUUGUAGCUUGUACUCAUGAUAAAUCUUGCGUAGUAGAAGCAAUGCUUCGAGAGUGCAGGCUGUAGGGCUUUCUCUUUCAUAUUGCUUUCUUGAAGUCUUGGUUGCUCACCGUUCCAAGUAUUCUUUUUGGGUACAUAUGAUGAAUGAAAGAGCAUCGCCGUUGAUGGUGAUUUUAAAACAUCCGAUUAGAAGGAUAUACUUAUUCUUUGAUCGUUAGAAGCGAUUUUUUACCAUCCCUGGUCGUGUUCGAAUGGCGCUUAGCACAUGCCUUAGCUUCAUGAAACACCAUACGGUAUUAUCCAAAGGAUUGAGAUCUGGACUGGAUGAUGAUGUCCAUAUGUCUUUUGACCAAAACGGCAAAUAUCCCUCAAACCAUCUUUGUGAACGAAUUGAGUUGUGUCUUCGUGACCCAUGGAAAUACAAAUUUAUUUAAAAUACCGAUAUACACUCGUGCUCACUUUCUCGCCUUUUGCAAUAAAUAUUGGGUCCAUUUUUUACCGUGUGAUGCUACCAGUCCGAAUACCAUGACGCUGACCGGAUGUUCCGUCAAAUUCUCCUUCGCCGGUAGAGAUCGAUUUAUCGGUCAGUUCUAGAAUAUGAUAUGGGAUCGAUAGUAAACAUGUUCUCGUCUGUGAAGAAAAUUACCGGGUUUUUGUGCUUAAAAUCUUCUUUCUUAUUUUCUUUAUGAAUCUCCGCAUAGUACGGUCACUCAUUCCAGCUUGCUUAGUCAUUUUUCUCAUGGAACUCACGCGAUGACCUCACAUAAAAAGAGAAUAAAUUCAUCUGGAACUGCUAUGGUAUGCUAGCAGUAUAGCUGUGCGAGUUUUUCAAUAGACUCUCCAUUGUUGACGAACCCAUCGGUUUAGACCAGCUAUACAGGCAAACCUAUUUUUGUGCGGUCCCUUUUCGCGUGAUUCUUCGUUUGUGCGAUUUUAUUAUGACAUCGGAUCUUGAAUCACACAAACUAAUCGCCCAAAUAAUAAUAUCGCGCCUAAACAGUCACGCAAAUGGGAAAUCGCACAAAAACAGGUUAUCCUUUAUUCAACCUAAGAAAUCAUUCCCCUUUUUUGACGUAGGACUACGUCUUUUAAUGAUGGUGCCAAAUCAGAAAUCAGGGCAGGUUUUUAUGAAAUAGUAACAACAAAUACAGUGUGCGUUCUACGGAAAAUGCUCCGCCCAUUUUGAAUUUAUUGAGCAUAAACAAGCUAUUCGUAAUUCCACAGCAUUCAUGAUUCAUCAGUCAUCCAGUUAAUGACCAGUCGGCAACAAGGCUUUCCAGAUAGCCUUUCUCAGGGCCGAAUGUUUUGUUUGUGUGUGAGUUUUCCAAAUUAGUCUUUUUUAAGGCUAGAGAAUAAUAAUCUGUAAAAUUUGUAAGCCUUUAUAACUCAAACCAUUAAUAUCAUUAUUCAAGUCACAAUCUCGCUAUAGCUAGCAGACAGCAGACUCUUUCAAUGCUGUUUUGCUCAAUACAAAGGAAAAAUGGAAGAUUGAUAUGGCACACAGUUGUGCAGUAUUGUUCGGUGGAGGCAGCGCGCCGAUCUUCAUGCCGUCUGAUGGAGACUGUUUCUGUAUUUAUGCGCCACAUCAUUUGUGCAUCUGUAUUGGGGUGUAAAUUUUAAAUUUAGAAAACGAGAGCGUGUUGUUUGUGGUACAAGGAGAUACAUCUAUACCGACUGAACGAAUUGAUAAGACAUUACUUAUUGACCCGAAAAUUGUUCCCAUAGCUCAAAAACUGCAUUGAAAACAAACUGUUUAAAUCAUGAAAAUCUAUAAAUAUUGGUGAAACCACAAAAAUCUAUAAACAUAAAAGUCCAUCGAAGUCAAGAUUGAUCAGCGGUUGUGCAUGUCGCUGGUCGACCCUGAAGGCACUAUAAAUAUUGGGCUCGUGCUGGCCAACCUCAGUUUUUGUUUUGCUACUGUGUUGAACGAACGUACAAAAUUUUUCGUCUCAGAAUGUAUUUUCAGAAUAUGCGCGAGUUUGCACUGAAAAGCAGAAGAGAAAUAUUAAAUAGGACUAUCGCGUUGGUUUUCAAACAGUUUUGUGGAUAUUGAUUGUGUAUGAUUGAAUCACACGUACUAGUUGUUGUUUUUAAUGGAUGACGGUGAUGAGGAAACAAAUAUGUAAAUCGCCUCAGGCCGCACUGUUUUUAGCACGAGAAGAAUUUUCCCGAUGCAAACUGAGUUUGCUAUGAGAAUUGGCUAAAAAUAACAUAAAUCUCGAGUAUUGUUCUCACGAGAACAAGAAUGAUUCAUAGUUUUUUUAAGAGAGCAUAUGUGAAUUUAGGAGCGUGUUCGGGUUUUAAAAAGCCUCAUUGCCGUUGGAUGUGAGAGUUGCGAUAUACGGUAGAAAAUUGAAGGUAGAAAUUUACUCCGCAGCGGAUGCCGUCGAAGCCACCACCCCACCACACAUUCGAUCCGGUUCGGAUUUUCUGUUGCUGUUCUGAGUGUUUUUUGGAGUGUUGGAAAUGUAAUUUUGCUAAAAAAAAUUACUUGGAUAUUCAGUAAGAUCAGUGUUUCAGUGCCACUCUAGACAGCUAGCAAUCAACUGUACAUGCUAAUUUUAAGAAUUAAGUUGAAAUUCGACUCAAAUCGGCGUAUUCGCGUCCCUCAGUAUGAGCUUCACAACUGACUAGUAUUCCUCAAUUGGCUUUAGUUUCGGAGUAUUGGUCGGAUUUAUCUCUUUGGGAAGCACUGUAAUACAAUUUUCAUUUCUUCUCAACCAACCCUCUUCUUCGCAUUUAAGACGUAGGAUUGUGAAACAUUUGUCUUCACUGCCGCUUCUCUUGAGUUUUGGGUUCUGCUUGAAAAGACCCACUACUUUCGCGCGUGGUUUAGGAUAGUCAGACUUUCCUCAAAUCGUUUCAGAACGUUUUUCGGUGCCCUCGGUCCUAACCUGUUCAUGAUGUAACUGAAAGUCUAUUUUCGCUGCGGUUCCGAUCGAUUUUCAGAUGACAUUAUUUGUUCGGGAUGUUUGGUAAAAUCGUUCAAAAUUCUGCAGUGGGUUCUAGAAUUUGUCCGAUAAGAGCAUUCUCAGCCAGUACUAUACUAGACACGCGUAUUCACUUGUUUCACCAAUCUUGGAGAGGAAAAUCGAAAUGAGAUCGAUUCGUUAUCGUGGAAACAAAAACGAAAUAGAUGUUGCUGCUGAAUAAAUUAACCUUAGAUACAGUAAAUAUGAGACAAACAGCAAGCUGCAAAUAAAAAAUGACUGUUGCUUUGUACGAGAAAACAUGACACAACAUUGUUAUGUGUGCGGCAAAUGCUAACAUAGUGAUAAUAAGUUGUUAACAUUUGUACAUAGUAUCUACGAGGUCAACACAUAAAACUGAAUGAGUACAAUCAAAUUGUACGAAACAUGUUUAUGGAUGCUUUCGAGUAUUGUUACGGUAAUUACAAACGAAUAUAAUCAACGCAAGAAUAUGUUGUAUGAAAGUA